CAGGAGCUUGCGGCGAGUGUCGCGUUGCGUCCUUCUCUACUGCUGUCGGUCGUGCGGCGGCCUUCGGCGCGGUCGGGGCCCAAGGGAACUACCUGGAACCUGGAAAUCCGGAAAGCUCGAGACUCGCUACGUGGCCGAAGCGCGGCGAGGACUUUUACAUCCGGACGUUGGCGCUCGCCCUCGCCACACGUGUUGCAGCCCGCAUCCCACCUCCAGAAAUGACCAGAACCUUGCGGCCCACUGAGGGUGUGCGCUGAGGGUCUGCAGACUGCAGAGCCGUGCAUAGUGAUCUUCAAAUUUCACAAGAGGCCGCAGGGACAACGCUUGGCCCAGAGCAGGCUCUCAGCAAACUGGAUGCGUGAAUGCGGGAACGAACCUCCACUGUUCCAGAAGGUGAGGAUUCCAGGCUGAGGGAGGAGGUGGAGGUCAGCCCCAUGGCCGCUGCACAGGAUUCAAAUGAGAUUUCCUAUUUGCUCCCUCCAAACCGUAAGGACUGGGAAGAGCAAGGUGUUCCCGACUUUGUCUACCAGCAGAAGGAACUUCUGGAAGGGAUUCAGUGGCCAAGGACCGCACCCAGCCUCCGGGACAGGACACCCGGGUCUCGCUUCGACUCUGCUCUCUGCGCCGCCUGGAGGCAGCGGAUGGAACUGGGGCUCUUCCGCUACCGCCUUGGGGAGCUGCAGACCCAGACCCUCCCUGGUGUGGUGGGUUUUGUGGCUCAGCUGAAUGUGGAGCGAGGUGUGCAGAGGAGGCGCCCCCAGAACAUCCGGAGUGUGAAGCAGGCAUUUGACCCCGAACAGUUUAACUUCAACAAGAUCCGGCCAGGAGAAGUCCUCUUCCGUUUGCUCCGGCAGCCCGAUCUCCCAGGUGCUCUCCAGCAAGAGGACAUCCUCGUCAUGAUCAAUGUCAGCCCCUUGGAGUGGGGCCACGUGCUGCUGGUGCCCGAGCCCACCCGGGGGCUCCCCCAGCGCCUGCUGCCAGGCGCACUGCGGGCCGGCGUCGAGGCUGUGCUGCUGAGCUCACACCCGGGCUUCCGCGUCGGCUUCAACAGCCUGGGUGGCUUGGCCUCGGUGAACCACCUGCACCUGCACGGGUAUUACCUGGCUCACAGACUGCCCGUGGAGGGGUCACCGAGCGAGCCCCUGGACCCUGGGGGCCGUUUGCACCUGCUCCGGGCCCUCCCCGCUCCCGGCUUCCUCUUCUACACAAGUGGGCCAGGGCCUGACUUGGAAGCCCUCGUAGACAGGGUAUGUCGGGCCACUGACUACCUGACGGACCAUGAGAUUGCCCAUAAUUUGUUUGUGACCCGGGGGGCCCCACCUGGAAAGACAUCACCAUCCUCCGCUCUCACAGGCAUCCGAGUAAUUCUGUGGGCCCGGAAGUCCAGCUUCGGGGUAAAGGAGGGCGAGGCGUUCAAUGUCGCCCUCUGUGAGCUGGCCGGGCACCUCCCCAUCAAAACGUCCCAGGAUUUCGGCAGUCUGACGGAGGCGGCUGCUCUGGCCCUCAUUCGAGACUGUCUGCUGCCCCCAGCCCAGGCGGAGGAAGUACAGGCAGCACUGGUGGCCUUGAUUGCCCAGGAUGAACAGUAAUCCUUCUAGAAGUAUGUAUUUUCUACCCGGUCUAAGUCCCUUUCCAGAAAGCUGUCCACAGUGGUCGCUUGGGGUUCCAUGGCUGCUGCCUUACCCGCUUACCCCCAGGGGGAGGGGUAAAGAACUAUUAAGUGGUCUCUGUAAAGAGAAGAAACCUUAGAAUAAAUUGAAUGAUUGCACCGUUA